AUGCUUCACAUACCUGAAGUUGUAAUUGGAGUUGAAAGAGCCGAUCAUAAGCAUUUCGAUGACAUCUUAGAGACCUCAAAGCUAGAACAACCUGUUAAAAUUAACGUGGUCAAGAUAUAAUACAAUAAAGAUCAUGUCAUAGGAAUCAAACUUAAGUACAAGGGAAACAAUGGAAAAUAAGUGAAAGGAAAUUGUUCUUUGAAGUUCAAACUUCUUGGAGGAGUAUUUUCUGGAACGAAGAAAGAGAAGUUCAAUAUUGAUGAUGGUAAUUAUUUCAUCACUAUUCUUAGGCGAUUAUAUCAAAGAGAUACAUGGAUUUUCGGGCACAGAAAUAAAUCUCUUUGGAUUUACUACUUAUAAAGGAGUAUCUCAUAAAUGUGGAGUAGCCAAAGGCGUAGCAUUUUCACACCACUUCCCACUUCACACAUUCACAUCAGCCAGAGGAUCAUAUGAUAAAUUCUUAGAAUUCAUUGCCUUUAGAGUAUCCCCACUCAGUCCAGAAUAGAUCAAAAAAUUAGUAAUAAAUAUCCUUAUGAUUUUAGGGGUUGAGCUAACAAUAAGGCAAUGUCAAUGUCAAUGUCAAUGUCACAACUCACACUGUUUAACCUCCUCCUCCAGCAUAAAACCUACCACCUGGUUAAAUGCCACCUCCUGGACAAUAGCCACCUCCAGGGUAAUAAUACCCACCUCAAGGGCAAUACCCACCUUAAGGACAAUACCCACCUCCAGGAUAGUACCCGCCUCAAGGAUAAUACCCACCUCCAGGAUAAUAUCCUCCUCCUGGAUAAUAUCCUCCUCCUGAAUAAUACCCACCUCAAGGAUAAUAUCCACCCCAAGCAUAAUAUCCCCCUCAAGGAUAAUAUCCACCUUAACCAAACCCAGGACAAUAUCCGCCUUAACCAAACCCAGGACAAUAUCCACCAUAGCCAACUCAAGCAUAAUACCCACCCUAGUCAACUCAAGCAUAAUAUCCACCAUAGCCAACUUAAGCAUAAUAUCCACCAUAACCUCCAUAGAAUACAACUGUUAUCAUAGAAUAGUAGGCUCCACCUCCCGCUCAAAAAAGUGGUGUGAGCGGCGGUGUCGUUGCAGGUGCUCUGGUGGGAGGGGCAUUGGUUGGAGCUGCUUUAGCAACCAAUCAUCAUCAUAAUCAGCAUCACGGUCCAGAUGUAGUAGUUGUGAAGAAGAAUCAUUGAAAGAUAUAUUCAAUAAUUACACGAGAUUUUUUAUUCAUCUUAAAUAAUGU